AUGUCUGUUCUGGACGCUGGCCAAGAGGAUACUCCAUGGCAGGCGAAAUUCCCUACACCACGAACCAAAGAGCCAGGCGCGAUCACACGUGACGAGCUACUCGCAAGAUUUGAGUCUGGUGAGAAGGGAGGCCAAGACUUUCUACUCGUGGAUGUAAGAAGAACAGACCAUGAGGGAGGCACAAUCACACACUCAACAAACUUACCGGCACAAACACUCUACUACAGCAUACCAAGUAUCUACAAUUUGCUUCAGAGCGGGAAAAUUCCAUUGGUAAUCUUUUACUGCGGAACGUCUCGUGGUCGAGGCACAAGGACGGCAGCUUGGUUCAACGACUUCAUUGAGGACCAGAGGAAGGCAGGUUCUGAGAGCGAUGAUGGUUUCAUGAUUCAAAGCGUGAUUUUGAAAGGAGGCAUCAAAGGUUGGGUCAAUGCCGGCGAGGAGUAUCAGAAGUGGAUGACAGCAUUUGAACCAGAUUAUUGGACGCAAUUCGCGGAUUUGAGAUUGUAG